AUGAUGGCUGGGAGUUUAAGGGAGUGUCCUUCCGCGAAUUUAAUCGGCCACAAGGAAAAUUGGUGUGUUCAAAUAAUGUCUUCGACGGCCACGCAGCGCUCGUUGCUGCUUGCGCUGAGCGGUGUUUCGCUAGCAGCUCUAUUUAUAUGGUAUCUACAGUCGAAAAAAACUCGGCGAACUUCACCCAUUGAGAAUGUGAAGAGGAGUAAGAACACGGAAGAACUGGAUAACAAUGAGCAAAAGAAUCGGUUUACGUCGACAGCUCGCGAGGUGUCGCCAAGUGAACAAGAGAAGAAAGUUGUGGAGAAGCCAGUCGAGUCGGAGCAAGAGCAGUGUCGUGUUUUGGUUUCUGAUACACAACUUAACGCUGGCUCCUUAAUAAUGACAACAUCAUUAGAAACCGUUUCGGCGUCAGAGGUGGACUCAUCACCUAUACCUGUAGUUAAUGGAUUUGCGAAAGAAGCAAAUGAGGAGAUUGUAAAUCAAGUAGAAAUUCGCCUCUCGAAUGAGGAGGCCCCCAAGAAAGAACCUUGUCAUGUGAAGGACGAGGAAAAAUGUCAAGAAAAACAGGUUCUUGAGGAGAUGACAGAUCUUCAACAGCAAUUAAUACUUGAUGUUUCACACCAAGCAGAACCGGAAGUGUUCUCCUGGUCUGAUGAAAUGGAGAGAAGUUACGAGGAAUCCCGUAGAAAGGAAGAAGAAGAGCGACAACAACAAGAAAAUAGUGCUGUAAAUGGAUCAGGAGAUUACACGACGAGUGAUUCCCCCGGACUUGCGAGUCAAAAUUCGGAGGUAUCCUCGCAAGAUUCGGGACGAGCCACUGGUGGAUUGGCGUCGUCCCUCUCCCCUAUGGAUGAGGCUGGCGACGUCUUACCUAUGUACGAGUUUGAAAUCCCAAAUACGUUAGUUGGAUUGAUCAUUGGAAUCAAAGGAAAGACAAUUAAGGAACUCAGUACCAGAACGGAUGUUCGGAUGCUUAUACGACAACACCAUACCCCAGAAAAAGUCGAUACCCAUCAAAUAUGUCAAGUGCGUGGAAAACGGGAACAAAUUAACCGUUGUCUUCAAAUGCUGCGUAGACGAUUCCCGCCGGCACGAUUUCCUGAAUUGAAUUUACAACCGGUAUUACCGCCACCACUUCCGAAUAAUCUAUUCGACGCACUGGCUGCCCAGCCAAGCUGGCUGACCCUCCCUGAUGCCAUACCGUGUGAGGUUGUUUGUUCUUCGGUGAUUGAUCCAGGACACUUUUUCUUGCAACAACCAACGCAUCCGUCGUUCUCCUCCUUAUCACAUCUUGACAUGUAUAUGAUUAGGCUUUAUAGCCAAGGAACAGACAUUCCCGAUUUGCCAAAACCCUGUCAAACUGGUCUCCUCUGUGCGGCUCCAGUACUCGGUGCAUGGUUCCGGGCAGUUACUGUGAGCUACUACGUGGAUACAGAUGAAGUAAUGUUAAGAUUUGUGGAUUAUGGAGGUUACACACGGUUACCAAGAAGUGAAUUGAGGCAAAUCAGGACAGAUUUGAUGUCAUUGCCGUUCCAAGCGAUUGAAUGUUAUUUAGCACACGUGCAACCAAUUGAUGGUACAUGGCAGUGGGGUGAAGCAGCAUUUGCACACUUCCAAAAAUUAUGCAUGGGUAAAGUGAUAAAUGCCACAGUUGUUGGGUUCAACGUGAACGACAAGGUUCCGAUGGUGGAGCUCACAGUGGUCGAUGAAGAAAAUAAGACGAUACGUGUCGAUCAGGAUCUAAUGGAGAAUGGUUUCGCUAAGGCAUCGGAUCCAUCGAAACUGCAAAAAGUUGCAGCAGCAAAAUCUCGACCGCUCUCCGCACAUUCGGCUCCAAUGGUUGCCGCUGUUUGA